GAACACAGAAGACUGUGGGUCCAAAGAGAGGCAGAGUGACCAGCUCAGAGAACCAGAGCUGCUGGUAUUUGGUGGAGCCUGCUCCAGUGGCAGAGGAAUUUUGUAGCUUACUGCUUAGCUUGGACUGACACACGCAGAACCUGCACAGUGCUGUCUCCACUCCAGCUGCCCAUGCAAACAAGUGUCUGGGACUCCGAAUCCUGAGGAGUACACACUCUGGGGGUUCCUGCAAAGAAACUGUACACAAGAGGCACAUUGGUCAGAACCGUACCCACCGUAUUCUGUUGCCUGCGGAUUUGAUGAAGGUUCCAGUAAAGGCCCCGAAGAUCAGAAAUCAUAUUAUUCAGCAUUUUGGCAUGUCUACACUGCUGGCUAUGCGACAUCUUUGACUUCGCUCAUUACAGCUCUUGUUAUCUUUGCCAUCUUCAGAAAAUUCCACUGUACACGGAAUUACAUCCACAUGCACCUGUUUGUCUCUUUCAUCCUCAGAGCCGUGGCUGUUUUCAUUAAAGAUGCUGUUUUGUUUGCUGAUGAAAAUAUGGACCACUGCUUAAUGUCAACGGUAUCAAUAUCCUUCCCCCACACCCGCAGUAUUUGGUGUAGCUGGCUAAUCCUUGUUACAGAGGUUGGAUGUAAGGUUGCAAUGGUGUUUUUUCAGUUCAGCAUUCUAGCCAACUUCUUCUGGCUCCUGGUAGAAGGGAUGUACUUGCAAACACUGCUGCUGUUGACCUUUGUUUCUGGCAAACAGUAUGUGUGGUGGUUCAUUUUGAUUGGCUGGGGAACGCCCGUUGUUGUGAUGUCUGCUUGGAUCCUUACCAGAAUCUACAGACAGAAUACAGGAUGCUGGGAUGAUGAUGAUGAGAAUGCAGCGGUGUUAUGGAUCAUCAAGGGACCCAUACUGCUAUCUGUAUUAAUUAACUUCAUUAUAUUUCUCAAUGUCAUCAGAAUUCUGGUGCAGAAAUUGAAAUCUCCAGAGGUCGGCGGCAGCCAUUCGAGCCAUUUUGUGAGACUAGCUAAAUCCACGUUGCUCCUGAUCCCCCUCUUUGGAGUGCACUACAUCGUAUUUGCGUUUUGUCCAGAAAGCACGGGGUUGGAAGCUAGACUUUUUAUUGAGCUGGGCUUGGGCUCCUUUCAGGGUUUUGUGGUUGCCCUUCUAUAUUGCUUCUUAAAUGGAGAGGUUCAGGCUGAAUUAAAGAAGCGACUGCGCAAGUGGCAAUAUCAAGAGUACCUGAACUUCACACGCAAACAUCGGGCCAUGUCCAGAGAAAACAGCCCCAUCAACUAUGUCACUCAGUUAUCACUGCUUGAAAAAAUUAGUCCUAAGAGGAAAAGAUCCAUCUCCCAGAAUGGCACCUCCUUCGUGUGAGCCUAUGAGAUGUUGCGGUUUUGUCGCCUGCAAAAUGAAUGGAAAGAUUGACAAUAUGGAUUCUAUGAAGCUCCUCAUGGCGGACCUUCUUGUCCCAAACAUCUUCCACUCUUCACUGCUGGUGCAGAGAGAAUUAGGGGCCUGAACCUUCGUUCCUGGAGAAUUCACUCCCUUGGGUACACUGACCCCAAUGCUAAAUUACUGUAGUUCCACGCAGGGCCUUGGAAGUCAGUGAAACUGCACCAAUUUACACCAGAAGGGGAGCUGGCCCUACCAAAUCCGUGAUUUUGGUUGCCCAACUUGAGAGAACUUGAAAGAGGACUGCAUUUCAGAACGUACAGAGCAUCUGUCUUCUGAAUACCAGUCCCCUUUAACAUGUCUCAUGAUUUUUAGUACCAUUUACAAAUCUUGGCCCUAGGCGGUUCUGAUUCGGGGAGAGUGGGCAUAGAGGAUGGAUCAUUAGUUUGAUCUCUCCUGGCAAUUCUGAUGUUCAAGGCUGGUGUUCUCUCGCUUUGCUGGAUUUCAGCUAAAGAUGGCUUCCGGGGUCAGUGUCCCUCAUGUUGUCGGCGUUGGCAACAAAGCGCUAUGAGCUAAUGGGUAGAGCAGAGGACUGGGAGCCAGCAAACCACGGCGUGGGGACAGCUUUGCUGGGUGGCAAUGGAGCACUCACAACUUCUUUGCUUCAAUAGUCCUCUCUGCGAACAGGAGGGUGGAGCUGUGCGCCAAAGCUUGAGGCCUUUAUUCAAGGCUGGGUUGGCCCCUUCCAAGGAGAAACUCCUGGGAUUAAGCUAAGGGGAAGGCAGCCUGUGUCAGGAUUUGCCCUGGAAAGCUCCCUCCCAUUGUCCAGUUGAGGGAAGGGUUUUAUUUUCAGGAAUAAUAGGACACAAGACCUGCCCCCAAACCUAGCUGCAGGAAGCCAGGACCAUGGAGUGAAGGAUGGUUGCCUAAUUAGGACUCUAGUGGAUCAAGCUUUGGUCACCAUAACCUUCCUGUGUGAGCUGGCCUUAAGGAGUUUGCCUGAGCUUUUGAAGGUGAUUGAGGUGCCAGAUAGGGAUUUCAGAAGCACCUCAGAGGUGCUUCACUCAGAGUGAAACUGCCUUUGUCAGGUAAACCCUGAAAACCCCACUUUAUUUAUUACUUUAUAUAACUACCACCAGGUGCACUUGAACCCAGGAUCUCUGGAGUUUGGUGUAGGAGCCGCUACAGCUGGAGCUAUAAAGCCAGCUGGUGCUCAGCUUAAGCGGUAGCACUCCCUUGUUCUUAUCUCUCACUGUGAGUGGUCUAAGUGCCACUAUACAGGACAGAGUGCGGGUGACAUUUGCACCCCUCAGUGUCUCAGUUCCCCAUCUGUAAAGCAGAGCCAAUAGUACUGCCUUGCCCCCCCCCAGGGGGUGGUGAAGACCAAUGCAUUACAGGGCGUGAGGCUUUCACAGACCAGGAUAAUGGGGGAGCCCAGACAUAUCUCAGAUGCAAUAAUGUCCCUCUGGCAUCCCUUCCUCCCCCCAUUCCUGGUAGUUCCACUUUGACCCCCUUAGAAAGGACCACACCAUGGAGUCGGCUGUGUAAGUAAGGUCACACAGGCCCAAAUCAGCUUCCCAGACUAGGCAAGGUUGACCAUGAACAACCCCUCCCCACCUGCAGGGCCUCCCAGUGCCUAACCCCAACCAGUCCUGUCCCCAUCCCCUCUCCUCCUCCCCACAGAUGCUGACUCACAGAGAGGCCUUGUUCAGAAUCCAUGGUGGCAGCAUGGGAGGGCGCUGUCUCCUGUUUCCAAGUAGUUGGGGACUCCUUGGCCAUAGGUUCCCCUCUAAGUCUUUGGGCACAAGUCAACACUCAGAUUGUAUUCAGUUGACUUCCUAUUGCAAUGCCUGGGAGUGCACUAGAGCAAAGUGCGUGUCUCAGGGUUUGGGCCUUUGUCGUGCUUUGCCUUGAGUCCAAUGAUCUAGAGCUGCAAAACAUUUUUAACUCUGUUGGAAGAUACCAUUAUUACAACUCUGCCCCAUAGCCCAUUGGAAUCAGCCAGAGCCUUUCUAUUGACUUCAAGCCUGGUAUCUCUAGUUCUCUCACUGAAAACUAGGCAGUACCUAGCUAGACUCUAAACCAAACACUUCACAUCAUCCAGUUGUUACUUAGGAUCUUACCUUUCAGCUCCUGCAACCCUAGUGUCUUCUGUAAAGAGUCAUCGCCUUACAUUACGUCUGUUCCGGGCUCCAUGUCAGCGCUUCUUGUAAAAGAAGCAUCAUUUUUAUCCUUUGUUUAAAAUUCUCUUUACUUAAUGUGAGCAGACAGAUUUGUGGUUUCUUUAGCUGGCUGAUGUUAAACACAUGCAAUAAAAAUAAGAAUGGCUGGUGUGAUAUAGAUCUUCAUGGCAUUACACAGCAGGUGGAAAAUUAAAUAUGACAGAAGUAUAUUUUCUACUGUGGGUCAUUUGAAGUCAGGGAAAUAAAGAUUUACAGCGAUGACAGCCUCACUCUAGACAAGAUUUUCCGA